AUGAUCGAUCUGGGACUUGCCCGAGUCGGGCGCCUCGUUCAGCACACGCCGCAAACGUGGAAGGCUAUUCAUGUGGCUGGUACGAACGGAAAAGGGUCGAUAUGCGCUUAUCUCUCAGCCAUGCUCGCAGCAAGCGGCCUCUCGCACGCCCGGUUCACGUCGCCCCAUCUCAUUGACCGUUGGGACUGCAUCGCCAUCAAUGGCAAGCCCAUCUCGGAGGCCGUGUUUCGGGAUGCCGAGGACGUGAUAAAGCAACGGGAUAGAGAGGACCGGAUCGGCGCAACCGAGUUUGAGCUGCUGACCGCGACGGCGUUCGAGAUCUUCCAUCGCCAAAAGGUCGACUACGGAGUGGUCGAGGUCGGUUUGGGCGGCAAGCUAGACGCAACCAAUGUGCUGAAGCAGAAGGCAGUCAGCGUGAUUACAAAGAUCGGCCUCGAUCACCAGUCCUUCCUCGGCAAUACGAUCGAGGAAAUCGCCUUGCAAAAGUCGGGCAUCAUCCGUCCCGGCGUUCCUUGUGUGGUAGACGGCAGCAACCAGCCCUCUGUUUUAAAGGUAAUCGAAGAGCAUGCCCGUGAGGUUGGGGCGGAACUCCACUUCCCGUCAGUUACGAGCGUCACCGAGGCUGUGGCGACCGAGAAGUUUGAGCCGCAUCAAAUACAAAACCUGGCGUGCGCACACUUGGCCUUUCGCCUGGCAUGCCCCGAACAGGACCGCCCACUGGCCGACUUCCUGCCCUCCAUCAAGCAGACACAGUGGCCGGGCCGGCUGCAGAGGCUUGAUAUUUCAAACAUCACAGGCCAUCAGCGAGAAGUCCUUCUCGACGGCGCCCACAAUCCACAGUCGGCUGAAGUCCUGGCUAGGUAUGUGGAGAGACACUUGCGUUCGGAGGGCGAACCUGUUACCUGGGUCCUGUCCGCUACGCAAGGGAAAGACAUGGAUGGCAUUCUAGGCUUGCUACUGCAACCCGGCGACCAAGUCGCGGCUGUCCGGUUUGGACCUGUUGAUGGAAUGCCUUGGGUCAAACCUGCCGACCCUGCAGGAAUCCUUCAAGCAGCUUCCCGACAUGGCACACAGGGAGCGACAACGCACAACGCUGGAGAUGACGUUAAGGGGGCUCUGAUAUGGGCAUCCCAGGCCGCCGGAAGCCGGCCGAUAGUCGUUGCUGGGAGCCUCUAUCUAGCGUUCAAUACCCUAAUCCACGCAAUGCAUCCCCAUAACAAGCUCUCGCUGCAGGCACACCCCGCCAUGAGUCCGUCACACCUCAUCAUCGUCUGCGGACAUGCAAUCUGGCAAGGUGGGCCCAAGAUCGGCUGGGACGAGGCCGAAUGGCUUAUCUCGAGUUUCCAAAAAGGCGAAACACCGACCUUCAUUGAACACAUCAAAGCCGGCCUGAAACUCCUAAGCCAAGAUCAGGACGCAGCGUUGGUGUUUUCCGGCGGCGCAACCCGCCCCGAGACCUCCCUCUCCGAAGCCGCCAGCUACCACAACCUCGCGCUCGCCAACCGCUACUUCGACCUCCUCCCCAUGGACGACGACGACGACGACGACGGCACCACGGCCUCCCGCAUCAUGCUCGACGAGCAGGCGCUGGACUCGUACCACAACAUCCUCUUCUCGCUGGUGGCCUUCUGGCGCCGGCACGCCGCCUGGCCCGCGCGGCUGACCAUCGUCUCCCACGCGUUCAAGCGCGCCCGGCUAGUGGACGGGCACUGCGCCGCGAUCGGGUUCCCGCUGGACAGGGUGGCGUUUGUGGGGAUCAACGCGCCGGGGAUGGACGCUGUGGGUUUGGAUGAGGCGGGAGGGGGUGCGCGGGAGAAGAAGGAGGCGUGGAGCGGUGUGCAGUUGGCGCUGGGGCAGUGGGAGGCUGACCCGCAUGGGGUUGGGGAGGAGUUGCUGGGGAAGAGGGUGAAGAGGAAUUGCUGGGGUGUGAGUCAGAAGUUGUUCUUGUCGAAAGAGGAGGAGGAGAGGAGUGGUGUUGAUAUCAGCGAGAUUCAGGGUGGGAGUGGGGGGUUGCUGCCGGGCGGGAGGAGACCUUGGGCGGAGAUUUCGUAAAAGCAAUGGGAAGCUUCGGAGCUUUCAGUUUUUAUAACGUCUGUUUACAUCGAAUAUUCAACUUACGAAUACUUUAGACCACGGACACCACCGACAGAGGUCAGUUUCCUGCCGUUGACGCUAUACACAGCCGGCGAUAGCGUCAAGAAGUUCUUAUUCAACAAAACCCACCGGGGUUGCGUCGCCGGCCUGCCCCCUUUUGGCGC